AUUCAGUGGACAACAGAUCUCACAAUCAAUGCCUUCAUUCCAAUCAAUUGAAUAAAGAUUUUGCUCAAGAAUUCCACGAAUCAGUUCUGUUGGAGACAACAAAACAACAACAAAGACAUACCUCUAACUCGAAACGAGAGACCAAUCAACCCAUGAAUGCCAUCACCCCUUACGUCGACAUUGGAUCCACUUCUGGCCAUAACUGGUCAGGAAUCGAAGCCGUUAUGGAAGCGUACGACAGAUAUUCUUAUGAACGAAAACAAGAGAAAGACUUUCUCUUUGAAAAGAGUCACGAAUUGAAGAACAGAUUGCAAGACAUCAACAAAGAAGCAGAAUAUUUGAGUCAACAAAUGGCCAAUUUAAUUCAAAACAAAUCACAUUUGGAUGAAGAGAAACAACGAUAUGAAACCACUUUAGAAACUCUCAACACUUGCUUAAGACAACUGCGAUGACUAAUAUAAUAUCUAAAAGACUAAUCAUUUAUUAAUAAUGUUUGCAAUUAUUUUUUACAAUACUUUAAUAUCAUUCAAAACUCUAAUAAAGAUUUAAUAUAUAAA